UGUUUAGGUGCAGGUGACCAGGCCCUCUUUUCCUCUGUUUACUCGAUACUCAUGCAGCAACUUCCACGAGAGCCAAUGGAAUGGAGAAGAUCCUAUGGGCGGCCACCAAAGAUGAUCCAUCUCGAAGCAAAUUUUGUUCAGUUUAAAGAAGAGCUGAUACCUAAAGAGGGAAACCGAGCCCUUUUAACCUUUCCUUUCCUGCACCUGUUCUGGACAGACUGCUGUGACACUGAGGUUUACAAAGCAACAGCGAAGGACGAGAUCACAAAAUGGCAAAACAUUUUAAAAGCUUACAGCAGCUCUGAUUGGCUGAUUGUUGUCGUGGAGAGUGAUGCCAAAAAAAAGAAUAAAACCAACAUUCUCCCCAGGACAUCGAUCGUUGACAAGAUCAGAAAUGACUUCUGCAACAAACAAAGUGACAGAUGUGUGGUGCUGACAGAUCCCCUGAAGGAUUCUUCCCGCACUCAGGAAUCCUGGAAUGCGUUCUUCACAAAGCUCCGCACUCUGCUGCUUAUGUCAUUUACCAAGAACCUGGGCAAGUUUGAGGAUGACAUGAGAACAAUGAGAGAAAAGAGGACAGAAGCCGGCUGGAGUUUCUGUGAAUAUUUCAUGGUUCAGGAGGAGUUAGCCUUUGUGUUCGAGAUGCUGCAACAGUUUGAAGAUGCCCUGGUGCAGUACGAUGAACUUGAUGCACUCUUCACACAGUAUGUGGUCAACUAUGGUGCGGGAGAUGGAGCCAAUUGGCUGACCUCUUUCUGCCAGCCAGUUCGAAGCUGGAAUGGGUUGGUGCUUCGCAAACCGAUCGACAUGGAGAAGAGGGAGCUGAUCCAGAAGAACAAAGCCACACUGCUGGAUCUGCGUAGCUAUCUGUUCUCAAGGCAGUGCACUCUGCUCGUCUUCCUGCAGAGACCAUGGGAGGUAGCACAGCGAGCCCUUGAGCUUCUUCACAACUGUGUCCAGGAGCUAAAGCUGCUGGAGGUCUCUGUUCCAGGCGGUGCCCUGGAUUGUUGGGUCUUCUUGAGCUGCCUUGAGGUCCUGCAGAGAAUUGAAGGCUGUUGUGAUCAAGUCCAGCUGGAAAGUAAUUACUGCCACACUGUCGGACUUUGGAGUUACGCUACAGAAAAGCUGCAGUCUCUGGGUUACUUGUGUGGCCUGAUCUCGAAGAGAGGACCAAAUUCCGAAGAGCUGAACCGGACAGUGGAUGUGUUGGCAGGACUGGGAGCUGAGCAUCCUGAAACCGCAAACAGCCCACAGAGUCCAUAUAAGACACUGAAUGAAGCACUGUCGUCUGUCGAGGCAUUUGAAAAGCAUUAUUUGGAGCUGUCUCUCACUGCCUUCGAUAUGUACAAAACCAUUGGACAGAACCGCUCGGCUCAGCUGCUAGGGAAGGAUCUUGCGGACUUCUACAUGCAUAAAGGGGAGCCGCAGAAAGCGUCACUGUACCUCCAAGAGGCACUGAAGACCUACCAGACUGAGGGCUGGAGCUUGCUAACCGCCCAUACCAGGAAACAACUGGCUGAGUGUCAGAAACAGCUUCAGCAGACCCAAAAGUAUCCUUCUGUACACUCCGCUGUCUGUCAGGGACAUUGCUCACAAACACGGUCACACUAUCAACUCAUAACCACACCCAGCUCUCUCAGCUCAUCCACUCUGUCUCAAUUACCCUCCCCCCUCCUCCAAACCCCAACUAAAGUCAUCUGCCAACUCCCUGAGGCUGCUAUAGGUGGCAGGGUGGAGAUCGCUGGGUGCUGGCCAAGAUACUUAAUACUUCAGUGGCCGUAG